UAAAAAUGGCGGACAAGCCAAGCCGAGCUCUGGUUUUAUACGGAGAUGGGUUGGCCCGUUUCGUCAAUCCAUCACACACCCAUCUCCAUUCUCUCGCUUCCAAUGCUUCCUGUGGCUUCUUGAGCCUCCCCAAUGCUCCUCCCUCAGAAAGCGAGGAUGAGAGGAUUGCUAGAGAGUUUGCAGUGCUUGUGGAUGCAUAUGAAGCUUAUACCAAUCCAAGUGGAAGUACCACCAAAGAAGAAGGUGGGGAGAAUUUCACCAUAUCCGAAAGGUUCAUGGGGAUGAAAGCUGCUAUAGUUACAAACAAUCCAAGUUUGAAGUCUUUUGGUACCAGACUUGGUUUCUCCGUGCUGCCGAAUGAUGGUUUUAUCAAAAGCAGUAAGUCCCAAGCCGAGCUGCCAGUUGAGUCCGUGGCAGCUGAAUUGCUGAAGUUGCUUGGAUUUGGACAGACAGUGGAGCCGAGACAGUAUGAUUUAGUGUUCGUGCAUGUUGGGGCAGGUGAGGUAGAUGUUAAGAAUGAUCAGGCAAUUGCUGAUGAUGUGGAAUAUCCCAAUGCUUUGGUUGGUGCUAUAAUGAACAUAGGCAAACCUGGAACUGAAAUCAGUCUCCAUUUGCACUUGUCUGUUGUAAUGAGCUAUGGGGGUACCUCAGAAAAAGAUGAUGUCAACUUGUCAUUCUCAAUCAGUAAAGAUGGUACCAACUCCAAUCUGUCAAAGCUCGUUCCUCAUCAAAGUUAUACUAUGAGAGGAGAGGCUCUGCGGAAGGAUGUUAGGCACCAUUCCCCAAUGCUAUUGGCUCAAUGGCAAUAUGCUGUGACCCGCAAGGACAUGGCAGAGACAUUCUCUUUCGAAGAUUUCAAGGAGCAUGGUGGAAAUCUUGUAAUACCCGCAGAUAGAUUUCUGCACGAAGUAGCCUUCAAACUUUGGAAGGCCCCCAAAUAUGGAGCAUGAGAUAAUUUUCUGAAACGUCAUGGUGUGCAGAUAAACGCAAGGGGCAGAGCUGUUUGUUGCUGGUCUAAUAUGUUGAACUGGUGUUUUUCAAUAUACCAGGCGCUUUCAUCUGAUAAACUGUACCAGGCGCUUUCAUCUGAUAAAAUUAUAGACAUAAUUUUGGC